AUGGACAAGAACGGAUCCUCCUCAGAGAACACGAAACCUUCCUUCCAUAAGUCAGCAAAUGGGGUAACUAGAGCUCACGCAUCAUCUAUGGAUCCUUCUUCAUCACGGAGUAAAGUGGGAUUAGGGACAGCGAUGACGAUGACAAUAGAAGAACCGUCCACAUUAGCGGAAUAUGAAGAAGAGGAAGAGACAAGUUGCUAUACAACAAGCCAAUCAAUUGUUAUAACACGCUGUUCUACUGGUGAUGGUGCAGAAAACACCAAGCACAUGCAAAGAGAGAUUUUGGAACAGCAGACUAAAUCCUCCACCACGACGGUUGUUGGCAACGACACAGCGAUACAACCAUGUGAUGAGGUCGGUGAUAUUAUUCAGGGAUGUAGAAGAGAGAAAUGCGAACUCCAGAGGUUAAAUGAUCGACUAUCAAGUUUUAUUGAACGUGUUCGUUUGCUGGAAGCACACAACAGAACUUUAGCAAAAGAAACUACACGUCUUCGUACCAAUUACAGUAUUGAUAUCAAUCGCCUUCGCGAAGUUUACAAUUCAGACUUGGAGCAAAUAAAGUCCUCUUUAGCCGCUUCAGAAGCCAACUGCGCCCAACAUGAGGUUCGAGCCAAUAAAUCUGAAAACGAGCUAAAAGAGGUUCAGAAGGAGUGA